AUGUCCCGCUACGGAGCCCUCGGCGCAACAUUCUAUAUAUCCCGCCUCUUCCAAGCCUGCUCCCUAAUCGCCAUAAUCGGCAUGACAGCAAAUUUCGUCUCGGUCAUCGUCUCGACAAACGCCACACCACCAAACAUAGUAAUCGGCACAAUCAGCGUGACCUGCAUUGCCGCGAUAUACUGCAUAAUAACAACAAUCCUCUUCAGAGACGACAUCCUCCCCUUCCUCCCAAGCGCAGUCCUUGACUUCCUCCUCCUAAUCGCAUUGAUCGUCGUGGCAGUGAUAAUCGGCAAACCACUCUCGUACGUAAAAUGCACGACACUAGCCGAACUAGGCGACAAAGACGCAACAGCCUACGCAUUUGCGUCGCGGUUAUCGAGUUAUCUAGCUAAUAUUAGUGGGAAGGUCGACUACGUUUCUUGGAUUGGGGCUAGUAAGGCGAUUUGUCUUGAGAUGAAGGCGAUUUGGGGAUUGAGUAUUGCGCUCUGUAUUUUGUUUUUCUUUUCGACUAUUUGUUCUGUUUGUUUGUGGCAGCAGAAGAAGAAGGCUCUUGCUGAGAAGGCUGUUGAAUGA